AGCGACUUCUUUAUCAAUCUGAUCCCAUCGAUCGUGUUAACUAUCGCGAUAAUAGCCUCAAACAGAAACAAUUCGGUCCGAAACUCUUCAUUACCAAUCACUGAUGUCAGUGAAACUCCUGCAAUAGGCCCUCCCUCGCUUUGGCGGGGUUGUCUCUCCGACGAUUCCCCGCAUAGAUGCCCCAACGAUGAUGUCGGAGAACACUCCACUGAGGGGCGGACAAGCUCGAACGACAAGAGACGAGAAGUAGACGUGAGGAAUAUUGUGUUUAUAUAAGACUCCGUUCCUUGCCAGACCACUGGAUCCGAGCCUUCAUUCUCCUCAAAACUACUCUUCGCAUAUUCGAGAGCCCAAGCCAAUAUUCAAGAUACCGACACUACAAGCAAGCACCAUGGCCGAAUCCAAGAAGUUGAAUGUUGGCGUAAUCGGCUACGGCUUGUCUGCCAAAGUGUUCCACAUCCCCUUCAUCAAGUCCACGCCCACGCUCAACCUCCACUCGAUCCUCCAACGCACCCCCACAGCCCAAGGCUCAGCUCCCGCCGACUACCCCUCCAUCCAACACCACACGUCCCUCGACUCCUUCCUCGCCGACGCUGCCCUCGACCUCGUCGUUCUCUCCGUCCCGCCACAAACGCACUUCUCCUUCGCCAAGCAAGCCCUCGAGGCGGGGAAACAUGUCUUCGUCGAGAAGCCGUUCGUGCCCACCUCGCAGGAAGCCGACCAGCUCAUCGCGCUGGCCAAGGAGAAGUCCCGUAUGAUCUGCGUGUAUCAGAACCGCCGCUGGGACAGCGAUUUCUUGACCGUGCGCAAAUUGAUCGCGGAGGGCACCCUGGGCAGGAUCGUCGAGUUCGAGACGCACUUUGAUCGUCUGAAGUUGGAGAAGCCGGCGUCGUGGAAGGGCGAGUUGGGGAUGGACCAGGGAGGAGGCGCGCUCUACGAUUUGGGGACCCAUCUGAUUGAUCAGGCGUACGUUCUAUUCGGCAUGCCGCGGAGCGUGUUCGCGAAGCUAGUGGAUCAGCGCGAUGGGGCGAUCGCCGAGGACGGGAACGACGUUCAUCCAGAUAGUGUUACGGCCCAGCUGUUCUACGAGGACGGUACGCUGGUCCAUGUUCGGAUUGCCAUUGUAAGCGUUGAGAAGAAGCAGUUGAGGUACUGGAUUCGGGGUACAAAGGGGAGUUAUCGUAAGUUGGGACUGGAUCCGCAAGAGGACCAGCUGAAAGCGGGCCUGACCGUUAACGAUGCUGGGUUUGGGUAUGAGGAGUCCGAGUGGAAUGGAACUCUCACGACGUUGGGUGAUGAUGGAAAGAUCGAGGAGAAGACUUGCCCCACGAUUGAGCCGGAGACAUAUGGAAAAAUUUACGAGCUGUAUACGAAGGCGCUGCACAGUGGGAAGGAGGAGGAUAUACCUGUGCCGGCCAGUCAAGCGAGGGAUGUGUUGAGGAUUAUCGAAGCUGCGAAGGAGAGUGCUAAGAAUGGGCGGGAAGUAAAGCUGUCGUAAGCUUAUUCCAAGUAGUGAUUAGGCCUAACAAAAUCGAAUCAUCCCAAGUACCUUCAUUCCCGUCUAAGCACAGAUCGUGCCAUGCGGUCUUGCAUGUCAUUCCUGAUGAAUUCGGUCUUGAUGAUUCCAUCAUGUGCAUCGACUCUAUCUCUUCGGAAAACCAGGCUCCUGCCGGUCGAUACUGGCAAAUAUACAUAUCGAUGUGGAGU